AUGGUAACGGAAGACAUCAGCUCGGACAUCAUCGAUCAUUGUUUGAAAGCCGAAGGUAAGAACCGUUUGGUUCACGUUGCUUACUUUUACUGCAACUUUGGAGCCGAGCGCAUCCAAACAUUGGAGUACAUUCUUGGCUCUUUGUUGAAGCAGCUGCUAUCGAAGCAUUUCGAUAUGGCAUCCGUACCAAAGUCGGUCAUAAAGAUCUAUGAGCGAUCCAAGAAUCUUCAGACGUCCAUGCGGAUAUUGAAGCCUUUACUGGACAUUGUCUGUCGCUCACUCGAACGUGUCCAUGUAAUCAUCGAUGGCUUAGAUGAGGUCUCGCCUGAAACUCAGUCAGCUUUCGUUGAAUUAUUUGACCUCUCAGGACAUGGUCACAGUUUCGACGUUUCACUCCUUGUAUGCAGCCGACCUCAUAUUCAAGGAAUCCAGGCCGCAGAGAAGCUGCAGAUCGCAGCACGCGAAGAUGAUAUCAAAGCCAUGAUCAGGCAUCGCAUGAAGACCGAUGCGAACAUCAAAAGGGUUGUGAACGGCGACACCACAUGGGCUGGGAGAGUUGGUGCUAAGAUCUUUCGACAGUCGAAUGGCCUACCUUUGCUUGCUCAGCUGCACCUAAAUCGCAUUGCAGAGGAAUCUAGCAAGGCGGAUGUCGACGACAAGAUUACCGCUUUAAAACCCGGCCUUAUCGAACAGUAUAACCAAUCACUUGAGCGGAUCACAGCCAAUCCAGGCUUCGCUAAGCUUGCUUUUCGCGCAUUUUCGUGGCUGAUAGCUGCUCGCCGACCGCUGUCCAGCGAUGAGCUCUGCCAGGCUUUAGGAAUCGGCUUAGAAGAUACCAAAUUGCGACGAGAUAGGACUCCGGCGUUCGAGUCCGUCCUGCAAUCGUGCCUCGGCCUUCUGCGGUUCAAUGAACCUCUGAAGACUGUUGAGUUCUUUCACUUCUCUAUUAAAGAGCAUCUCGUUGCACGAAACAAACCCGAAGAGACAGCUGCUCUGAACGUACCGCAAAGUUGUCUCGAUGAUGGCAGCUUAGCCCGGCGUCAACAGCAAUAUCCAUUGGCGUCGUACCUUGCAGAACACUGGAUGUCCCAUGUACAUGGCGAUGCCGAGGUUGAGCUCUGCGACGAGAUCGGCCGGUUGCUGGAAAGUCCUAACAUAUUUUCGUCGUUGCAGCUGAUUCCUGAGAUCGAACGAAACACCCGGUUGAUUGGGACAGUCAAAGACGUACGCUGCAACAGCACUCCAUCCAAGGAAAUGGCCUUCUACCUCUGCACUUAUUUCGCUCUGGUCUACGUCCUCAAGAAAACUUUCGAUAGAACGCUGUCUGCCGCUAUGUCCGCCCCUUGGGGUGAACUUUAUUCGCCAACACACGUAGCGGUUUGCUAUGGAAACGUACCAAUGCUUCAGGAGAUUCUUAUGCAUCCCCACAGCGCGAAUUGCCGAGACCGAUGGGGUUUGACGGCAUUACAUCUGGCUGUUCGCUUGCGGUCAACAGAGGAAGUGGCCUUGGUUCGAGUUCUGCUGGAAAGUGAACCGGAUCUGGACUUGCGAGACCAAGAUGGUGACACACCUCUGCACCUCGCCGCAAGCUACGCGACAGUUGACUCAAUCGAGCUUCUGUUGAAGGCAGGGGCAAAGGUGAACAUCCAGAACAAUCGUGGGAAAACUCCAUUGCAUCGCGCUGUCGAACGUGGUUCACUCCGCGUGACUCAACUCCUUUUAGACCACCACGCAGAUCCAACGACUGUUGACGGCCAAGGUCAAAGCUCGUUAGCACUCAGUUUGCAAGACCAACGGCUUGCAUUUCUGGAUGCUAUAGACCAUGCUAGGGACCGUGAUGGGAAUCCGUAUGAGUUCGCUGCCUUCGAAAGGACGGCGUUGGAUGGCUUUUACGAACUCGACAAAGAUGUAGUGCUCUUAGAGAAAGAGAGGACAGAGUGCCAAGAGCGCGAAAGAGAAGAACAUGAGAGGCUCCAUCGGUCUCGAUACUGCGGUCAGACAACAACGUUACGGUCGGCACUGUUGUGGGCGGCGGAGAAGGGAGACUGGGGCAGUAUCAGCGAAAUGGUAAGAAGGGGCGAAGAUUUGAACCAGCGAGGGCGUUCCGGUAUGACGCCAAUUCACCGUUCCAUCUCGAAUGGACGUGUUGAGGCAACUUUUUGGCUAGCUGAUGCCGGCGCAAGCCUGGACAUUCGAGAUAGUGACGGGAGGACUCCGCUUGACUAUGCUCAAGGCCAGUGGGAGAUUUUAUGGGAACUGUACCAUGCCGGUGCCCUGCGCCGACCUCCUUCAGACUCCGGAUGGCAUCCGUGCAGAACGACAGGAACCCCCGGGUAUCGGGACGAGGAACGAAUGUACCGGGCGAAAUGGAGUCGACGCAAUCACGACGGAGGACCUGAGCAGGAGUGUCGAGGCUGGGACUCAGAUGAUCAGGCGAAGCGAAGCCUUGAAAAUUCUGCUGUGCUCAUCCGGCCACAUAUAAAACCCGCGUAA